GGCGCUUUAAGAGGGAAUGAGGGAAACCUUUUCAACUCUCUUUAUUCUGGUUUGUGUGCAAUUCGACUUGGUAUUUUAUUUCAUACUCUUUAGCAUAAAAAACCACGCCACAUACUUUUUUCACCUUGAAAUGGCAACUGAAGAUUCCAAAUCCACACUGCCAGCGGUGGAGGCGUCCGCCACCGUGCACCCUGAACUAUCCGGCGCGCUCAAGGAACAAGCAGACAGUCCGGCCACUGCUAAGCACGCAGGGCGAGUUUACGUGGCGGCAGAUGAGGGCAGCAGUGAUAUCAAGCAAACAUCCAGCUCUCAAGCAAAGGACACAUUGGCCGAAAACAAGGGCAAUGUUGGAAAUACUAGCGACCAGGAUGACUUUGACAGCCAUGUCGAUGUCGACAUUGGUGCCGAUUACGAUGCUGAUGCACAUGUCAAUACAGCUACUGAAGCGCUGCGGCACACCGGUAUUGGCGAAACCAGAUCGGUGGAAGAGUCGCUCCUUUCACAGACUGCCUUGUCCAAUGCCCUUCCGCGCAUAUCAGCAAGCGCGCAGCCCGACUCAUAUCCCCUGCGGGCAUCAGUGGCAACCGCAGUCUUGCUCAAGGACUCGGAAGCAACCCGCGCAUUUGGAGCGCGUGGGUUCCCUAACUCUAACGAUUCCAAAAUAGCGGUGGCAACGGAAACCAGCGCGCACGUCGAGUCUUCUGGCAGUUCGCGGUCGUCUGGGUUCAACCAAAGGGCACGGUCGAGUGAGAUUGCCGAGCUGAGUGAAGACGAAGAGGCGGAUGCUGAGGAGGCCAUUGAGGAGAGGCAGCGGCGGCUUUUCCACCUGGGCGAGCAGCGGCGGAAGCAGAAGGAGAAGAUGUCACAGACCACGGUGUCGUCGGAGGAGAUUGAGAUCAUGCGUAGUGGAUUUUCCAACGUGCGCGAAUACACCAGCCCAACUAAGCUGCGCAUCCUGAACGGCAGCUACCCUGAGGGCCUGCGCGGCAGCCUGUAUUUUGUAGGGCCCGGGCGCUUCGAGAUCGGGUACAACGUGCAGCGCGAACUUGAGCAGGCCACGCGCAACUUUCACUUUGGCCAUCUGAUGGACGCGCUGCCACUAUUGAGCAAGAUCUCGUUUGAUCCUAAGGAGAAGACCAUCACGCAUCGGUCGCGGCUAAUAGCCAAGCAGGCAGCGGGGCAGAUCCAGAUGGAGCACGGCAUCAGCACAAAGGUACCCGGGGCGCUGUACAUGACUGACACAAACCAGACCUUCCUCAACAAAUUCAUCCCCAAGGAGUCGCACUACGCGACGCCCGAGGGCGAAUGCUGUGGGCAAGACAUUCAACUGUUUAUGCCGCUGCAGGGAUCCAGCCAGACUAUCGUAUGCACCAACCACGUCGGCGCGCUGCAGAACAUUGACCCCGUCGACCUGCGCCCGCGCGCGACUGUAGAGCUCAAGGACAUUAACCCCGAGUUCAAGGGCUCGCUCAGCUGCCCUCACAUGCAGUACGACUCUGACACGCGCGAGCACUUUACUGUGCUGCAGGAUGUAGGGUUCCGGUCGACCACCUACACUGUGUUGGCCAUCAGCGAGGCCCAGCCCAGCGGGUAUGUGGUAGCGAGCUUUGUUGCGCAGGCAUCGGUGCUGCACAGCUUUGCCAUUACGCAGGACUACAUUGUCGUGCCUGUGUAUCCGUACACAGCGCCCCUAGGUGGCGUGACGUACCGGUGGAGCGACUCUCUUCUCGAUACUCUGGCCUUUGACAGCAGCCAGCCCGUCCACCUCCGCGAGUACCGCCGCGCUCCCCCGUUCUUUGCCCUGCACCAGAUCAAUGCCACGCAGGAUAUGGCGUCUGAUUCAGUGUCGAUCGACCUGGUGGCUUACGCCGACGACACGCUGCAGAUCAAUGAUCUGCGCAAGCCUAACGCACACUUUUCAAUUCCCUCAGGCUACGCACAUCGGGGCGUCACGAUGGAGGCCACCAGGUACGUCGAGUCCAAGGGCCGACCAUCGAUCAUCCCACUGGCAACAUGGCCCGUGGAGCUGGCCAGAGUCAACCCGAUGGCUGCCCUGCGACCAUGCAAGUAUGUGUACGGCCUGAGCCACACCGAGCGCCUAAAGGGGCUCCCUGUCCACGUUGCCAGCGCCACAAUGUACAACUGCAUUGUCAACGACUCUGCUGCAGACCCGCUGGUCUGGGCGCGCACGCACUGCUACCCGUCAGAGCCCGCCGAUAAGGAGGACGACGGGUACAUCGUGUCGGUCUUCUUCGACAGCGUGCGGAUUACCAGCUGUCUGCUGACCUUCGAGGAGUUGAUGAUCGCGCAACUACCAUCGGCCGUGCCCCUGUCGUUUGGCCACUCCAAGUUUGCCAUUUAGACGAGGUGUAUCAAGUUGGUUAAUUUUUUUAAAUUUUCUGUCAAUGGAUUAGAAGUAAAGA